GUUACAUGAAUGCUGGUGCCAUAACUUUCACUAUCUGUACACGGAGUAUUGUUACAGGAGCGGGGCAACACGAACAGAAGUCGCAAGGUGAGCGCUCCAAGGAUCAAUUCGUAGACGGUGAACCAGAAUCAGUCGCGAAAUGUUUUGAUAGGAUUUGCGUCAGUGGUCGGAAAAUGGUGUCGACGGGAAAGGUCAUAGUCAGGAUAGUAUUCGCGAUAUGUUUGAUACUAGUGGUAGUGACGGACUAUACCGGAGUUCUGCAUAAGUUGGUCAGCGGAAACAAAAUCGAAGAGGCUAACCACGUAUCGCCCAGGCCCACCAAUCCUGGAUAUGGAGAUUCGAAGACUGAUAUAGAUAUAGAUGCAGACAUCGAGGAGGAAUCGGUUAAAAACUUAGGAUACCAUGCGACUAGGGCGAAGAUUCUGAAGACAAUCAAAAAAGCCUGCUUACCAAAACUUAUCUGUGAAUUGACUGCCUCAACCCAAAGAGAGAAACUGACAGAAUCUGAGAGGUCCUUAUUGUCUCUGCUCAAGGACACCACAAUCAGUACCACAGCCGAAGUGACUUCCAAAUAUCAUUUUGCUGCCCAUAUGGGCCAACUCAUAAAUGGUAUCGAUGGAAAUGGCUGCUUCAACUUCUACCCCACCUGUCCCUUUCCUGGAUUGCAAGUUCUUCAGAUGAUCAAGAAAGUGCGAAUGCGUUAAAGUGGAAAAUAGAUAAUCGCUCAUCAUAUGUGAUAUUUCGAUUCGAUAAACAACGAGUAGGUGAAGAAGCUGUUAAUGAGUGCAGAACGUUGUAAAGAAGAGUGGGAAAAUUUGAAAUAAUUGAAAUUGACGAUAUUUCGUGCCAAAUGCCAUCAUUCUUCUAUUGUAAUAUUUUGUGAACCAAAAAUUCGAAAAAGACAUAAAUUGAAUACGACUACUU